AUGAACGCCAACGACGGCCAGAAAAAACCAUAUCACCAAAGCAGCAGCAGAACGCUAUCGCCAGACCCACAAUCCUCCUCAUCCAUCCCCUCCAAUCUCUCAACACGACCACCAACGACAGUAGAGAGACGCAUUCGCUCCGUACGCAACCUCUUGGAAUCCGCUCUCCUCAAACUCAACACCCUCGAAGCAAAAUUCGCACAACCCGCAGCCUCCCAACACCAAGAGCACCUACAAGAGCAAAGCGGUUCAGACCCCGAUACCCAAAACACUACAUCAGAGACCUUACUGCGACAAAACUACGCUGCUACACGUGAAGACGAUGGAGGGGAGGCAGAAGUGAGAAGCGGGAUGAUGUCGCCCGAGGCCUUCUUUCCUAUGGAUCUAGAGAAAGAAGAGCGGAUCCGUCAAGAGCGCAAACAAGCCCUUCUCGAAGAGGAAGCGCGGGAGCAAAAAGAAGAACAAGAGCAGCAGCAGGCUCGUUUGCAGAUUCAGAGGUGUGGACAGAAAUAUGGUGGGUUUUGGUAUGUUUUGUUCACCUCACCUCCCUUUCUUUUACCUUUUCUUCUCUUAUCUUUCCAUCUACCGUCUUCCUCGUUACUACAUCUAUUUUUCUCUUUUUUUACCCCUUUUGCCAGGACUUGUUUUUUUUUUAUGUUUCUGCUAGUUCAUUUUUUUGACUGGUGUUUACAGCCCCAGAUGUACGCAACGCAUCAAACUAUCCUGUUUCCUCGACGCGCAUUUCACGUGGUGCAUCACGCACGGGCGGAUGGCGGAGAGAACCCACGAGUGUGCGAUGACGCCGUUCAGAGAUGAGGACGGGAACGAGAUUGAGUGUACGGUUGUUAUGUCGAAUGCUUGGGAGGAUCAUUUACCGUGAUCUCUGGGGAUAAAAGGUUAGGCUCGAAGAAUGUUGGAGAAAGACCGAGGGAGCUAAACCAUACCAAAAAGAUUAAAAAAUCCAGAAUUUACAAAGACUCCACAGCUCCACACACGCAAAGCCAGCUCCACUUUCAGUCCCAAACUGCACAACAAUAGACGGGGAAGAAAAAAACGCGCGCGAAUCCAAUCUUUCCCUCUGAACACUGCAUUUAUAAGCGCACUACGGUCAGCGCAGUCACAUGCACUCCUUACAGAUCCGUAUGU